AUGGCACAAGGACUCUGGCCAAACCAAGAGGGCGUGUCGCCCGAUCUCAAUCUACCCCAACAAGAACGGGUUGAUCGUCAAAUGAUUCGACAUUUGCUUGGCAAAUACUCAAGAGAAGAGCUAGGGCGAUUGCUACAAGAAGAAGGACGUGUGUCACCAUCUUCAUAUGAGGACAGAUCCUUUAUGCUCUCCAGCGGCAACAUCUCCAGCGGCAGCUCGCACGACGAUUCAUCAAACAUGUUCGAUUCAACAAGCAGUAAUAAUGCAUUCUCAGAUACAUCAUCCACAUGCGGAAGCGUCACUUCCAACGUUUCGCCCCGAGCGAGUCACCGUCGCAAGCCUAACGCAAGCCCGUCGACAACUCGCGCCAGCAUAUCUCUUACUGACGAAUCAUCUUGGGAUGUCGAAGAUGCUACAACUGCAUCCACAGCAACGGCUCCGAAGCAGAAGGGCUCAUUUACCUGUGGAUUCUGUCUUGAGGAAGGCAUUCAAAAGACAUGCACACGCAAAAAUGAUCUGAAGCGCCAUAUGGAAGACUUCCACCAUACAAACGCACAGUGGUUCUGCCGCCAUCGAGGCUGUCAAAUGGUCUUUGAUUGGCAAACUGCUUACAAGGCUCACCUGAAGAACUCCCAUGGGGGGUCGCGAAUGAACCUGGACGAUGCCAAGGUCCCGCUAUGUCCCCAGACUGUCUUUGCAUGCGGCUUCGAGAACUGUCUCCAAGUGUUUGAGGCGCCAAGCGAUGUACACGCUGGUCCCACAUUCAAGGAGUACGUGAGCCACGUUGUCAAGCACUUUGAUGAAGGCGCAAGCAGUGGCCAGUGGAGUUACUCGGCUAGGAUGCGGAAUCUGCUCAGGCAAUCCAGCGUACUGAACGCCUGGUCGCAGUCGCUAUGGCCAGAUGGUGAUCCGAGCCGCCUGCGGUGGAACUCACAAACCAGCAGCGUCUUGCGAAAACGCCUAGAGACGAGACAUCUUGGCGACCUCCAAUUUCUCGUUCAAUACGCCAUUGCGCUGGGGUCAAGUCCCAAUGGCGCGAUUCAGAACUUUCGUGCGGACUUUGUGACCCCGAUCCGUAGCGAGUGCCGGCUGGCGAUCCAUGGCCACAGUAGGGCCUCCGCGGCACCCGCCCCAGAAGCAGACCACAUGCAAUACAACAUGUCAACGGGUGGUGCCAACCCAGCAAUGAUUGCAUAUUAUCAGCGGCACGCGUACAUGCCUCAGCCAGCGCAGGCGCAGCUACAUUCCCCAGGCUACACUUAUCACAAUGCGCCUCCUUCUCCGGGAUAUGACGCCCAGCAACAAGCUUUACAGCAGCAGCAGCAGCAGCAACAGCAGCAAUCCCAGCAGUACAUGGGAAUGGCCGAUGCACCGAUGGUUGGGUCUGAUUACGGGCCACAUGCCAAUGGCAACCUCCAGACUAUGCCUGCUGCUUAUGCCACCAACGGCCUGCACAGUCCCGCACCUACGGAGAUAUGCGGAACCGCGAGCCCGGGCUCCAGCAUGGAGCAGCGGACUAAUACGUACGCAUACAACUCUUCGCCGUAUGCGUAUUAA